AGUGCAGAUUAAGGAAAGGAAACAGAAGGAGGAGAAGCUUCCGUUCACUUAAAGGAGCCGGCUCAUUUGGCUCCCAAACAUCUUCGUUGAAAAUGUUUAAAAAUAGACAUAGAACAUGACAAAUUGCACAUCUCCCAUGUAAAUCCCAAAUAGGUAGGCUACCAGUAUGUCAUAGUGAAAUUCGCAUUCAAAUACAUUUUUACCUGGACAAAUUAUUAGAUGGCCUGCAAAACAAUGUCUUGAUUUUUUUAUUCAUUGAAACAAAUUCACGUGGACCAGAUUAUUUAUUGUUGUUUCUUCAGUGAGGACACACCACUCUUUAGAUAAUGAUUUGUUUUACAUAUCUACAGAAAAACCUUGUUUUGAGCUCAAAAAACGAUAGUAGCAGUAUGCAAAUCGGGAAGCCAAAUGAACGGCUCUUUCACCGAUGGGAUUCGGCUCCCGACGUUCACCGUUCAAAAAAGAGCCGUUCAUUCGCGAACGACCCAUCACUAGCGUUCAUGGUCUGAGUUAGAAGUAGAUGUCAUUUUCCACUACAUUUUCCAAACAUGAUCAUUAGAUCUGUACUUGUCCCGAAUAAUCUGUCGUUCUGCCCCUGAACAGGCAGUUAACCCACUGUUCCUAGGCCGUCAUUGAAAAUAAGAAUUUGUUCUUAAAUAAAGGUAUUUUUUUUAAAGAAUAUUUAAAAAAAUGAAGGAAAGGAAAAAUAACAAAAUGUAUGAAUGGAUGGAAUGAAAAAAAGGAAAUAAGAGAGUGCGAAAGGAAGGUAAGAAGGGAUGAGGGAAGUAAGCAAGGACUAAAGGGAGGAUACACUGGAAAUAUUCAAACACAGCCUGAGCGUCCCCUCUCUAAGCGCGGUUCCCAGUGCACACACCUGUCCUCACUUGACCGGCUAAUCAUAUCCAAUAGGUCCGGCCCAAUUAGCGCUGUGGGUAGUAACGUCUUGACUGGAGGGCGGACGUGCACAUUUAAACCACAGCAGGCUCACCUUGUCUACUAUACACGAUGGAGGGGUUUAUGUUUUCUCCAUACAACUUUAAUGGCUAUCCGGGCUGCGGUCCCAUGAUGGCUCCUAUCCUCCACGGCAACCCGAAGUUCAAGCCUCACACCUGGGGUAAGGGGAGCAUCUACGUGCCUCCCGAAGCGCUGGACUACCUUGACGUGUGUAAACGGGCCCAGCUGAAGGCCAUCCUGUCUCAGGUGAAUCCCAACCUUACCCCUCGUCUCCGGAAGGCAAACACCAAGGAGUUCGGGGUUCAGGUCAACGCCCAGGUCGACGCGAUGGUCCAGUGCUCCCUCGGACCCAAGACGCUGUUCUACCGGGAGAGGAAAUUUCCGGUAUUUUCGAAGUCGCCUGUGAAGUGCCAGCAGAGUCCCUCGGCGGCUUCUUCUCUGGACCCGAAAGCGUUGCCGAGCACUCCGGUAAACAACGUGCGCUUCUCGCGACCCCUAGCUAUUUACUCUCCGGUGUUUGAUCGCCGGUUCUUCGCGCUGCCGGUGAAAGCGCAGGAUGACAGCGUGUGCUGUGAGGGAGGAGAAGGUGGCGGUAACGGGGCUAGUGAUGAGGAUGGCGAGGCCGACGUUACCGAGCAGAAAACGGAGGACCAGGUUAGACCGGAGAUCCCGCGUGAGGUUGUCAGGAAACCCCUACACCAGACGCCCAAAGGAUUCAACUUUCAGUUUCUGGAGCAGAAGUACGGGUUUUUCCACUGCAGCAAGUGUAACGUCCGUUGGGAGAGUGCCUAUGUGUGGUGCAUCUCUGGAACUAGUAAGGUGUACUUCAAGCAGCUCUGUCGUAAGUGCCAGAAUGGAUUUAACCCCUACAGAGUGGAGUCUAUCCAGUGCAAGGUGUGUUCCCAGACCCGGUGCUGCUGUGAGCAGAAGGAGCGACACAUUGACAUGAAGAGACCUCAUAGACAGGACCUGUGUGGCCGCUGCAGGGGAAAGAGGAUUUCCUGUGACACUACCUAUAGCUACAAAUACAUUGUCUGAACUUAAACCAGCCCUGCUACAGGCCUAACUACAGAUCUAGGAUCAGAUUGAGGCACAUCAUCAUCCAUAACCUUUUGGUUGACAUAUCUGAAUUUAGAUCAGUGGUUAGUGGAAGAUGGAUGUAAAACCAGUUUUCAAAUCCUGCACUUAAAGGGGUGCAUGUUUUUUGCCUUUGCUUUAACACCUGACUCAAUGAAUAUAGUUGAGUUGAUGAAUUUAAUUGGAUGUUAGCGCUAGGGCAAACAAUACAUAAGCACCCCCUUUGGGUGCCCAGGCUUGUGACGCAUUGCUGUAAGCACAGAUCUAGGAUCUGAUUAGGGAACUGCCAAUCCUAAACUUACUGCCCUUGGCGGGAUGCACAACCUGACCUUAUACCAGUAUCUAGGGCCACAGUAUCCUACUCUGAGCCUUCCCACAUGGCAGGCUAAACAACACUAUGCCACAGAGGUAGAAGUUGACCUUAACCACAUAUCUAGGAUCAGGUCAACCUUCCUCAAUCCUAUCCACGGUUGUUAGGGAGGUGCAGUGGUCGACUUGUUUCUUACCUGCCAAGGUCCUGUCCAUGUCUUAAAUAGCCUGCCUCAAAACUUUUAUACUCUUUCCACCGUGAUCAACUGAGUGACUCAACUUUUUUUGUAAAUAUAUGAAAUAAAUUUAUUGCAGCAUUAACCAA